UUCAAUCUCAAUUCUCGUCCCCCAUUCCCGCUCCCCCAUCCUUUCACACAUACAUCCACCAUGCUCGGCCGAUCCCUCCUCAAGCAGGCUGCUGCUGCACCCGCCCUCUGCUCUGUCGCCGCCAAGCGCACCAUCACCUCCUCCCGCAUUGCACUCUCCGACAAGCUGUUUGUGCACCGCGAUACUUCUGACAACAAUGCCAACGUCAAGUUCGAAUUCACUCCCGAAAACAUGGAGCGCGCAAAGGAGAUCAUUGCCAAGUACCCUCCUCAGUACAAGAAGGGGGCCAUCAUGCCCUUGUUGGACCUGGGCCAGCGUCAGCUCGGCUGGACCAGCUUGCCCGUCAUGAAUGCCGUCGCCACGAUGGUUGAAGUCCCUCCCAUGCGCGUCUACGAGGUCGCCACCUUUUACACCAUGUACAACCGUGAACCCGUCGGCAAAUACUUCCUUCAGCUGUGCACGACUACGCCUUGCCAAUUGUGCGGAUCAACAGAGAUUUUGAAGACCAUCGAGUCGGACUUGGGCAUCAAGGUCGGAGAGACCACCAAGGACGGCAGGUUCACGCUGGUUGAGGUCGAGUGCGCUGGUGCUUGUGUAAACGCACCAGUGUUGGCUGUCAACGAUGACUACUACGAGGAUCUGACCCCAGAGACGACUGUCAAGGUGCUCGAGUCUCUCAAGACUGACAAGCCUCUUAAGGCUGGCCCCCAGUCUGGUCGUCAUACCUGCGAACCCAAGGGAGGUUUGACCACGCUGACCUCUGAACCCACUGGCCCCGGAUUCAUGGUCCGCCCUGAUCUGUAAGGGAGACCUUUAACAAGCCCUUAUUCAUCCCCACUCAACUCGCCCUUUCCUUUCAACCUCUCGACCGCUACAUGCACCCAUACAACCGCCACUACACCGUCUCUCAAACAUCCAAUUGCUCACGAUAGAGGCCAGAAAGAAGACAUCGCGCCAAACGUUCUAAUAAAAUAUCAGG